GUGGCCAGAGCCGGGCUUGUGGCAGUCUACAUGGCACGCCUUAUCGUCGCCGCAGACCUUCUUGCACUCCUCGGUGCCGUGCUCGUGGCCGUGGCUGUGCUCAUGCCCUUUCUCGUGUUUGGGGUAGUGGUGCUCUAG